AGCAGUAGCUAGACUGAAAGUACCGAAGCGAGAAAGCACACGAAAGUGCUCCCAAACAAAAAUUAGACCCCCAACGUCCUUUGAUGAUGAGACGCCAUGGCUGGCAACGCCCUCUCCACCCUCUACAGGUAGUGGGAAUGGUAGUUUACGUUUUUCUGGUUUUGUUCUUCUAUACUUUCCUGGGUCUCUUCCUUGGAAACAGAGUUGCCGAAAUUACGGUCACCACAAUAUUUUCCUUUAUGGCACUUUCUGUUAUGUUUCUCUUUGUAAGGUGUACCGCCAUCGACCCGACUGACAAAACGAGCCUUAGGAAAAAUAAAAGAGCCAAAUCCAAGAGUGGGUUGGUGAAGCUGAACUACGGGUUUGUAAUGGGUCAGAUAGUUGUGAGGUUUUUAAGGAGGGUAGAAAGGAAGAUUCUUAGGACUUUUAUCAGGAGGAAGUAUCUGGAUCCAUGGAAGACGAGUGCUCAAAUAGAGCCUUUGCUGCUUCCAUUUCCACUUGUCACGAAGGAUGAUGCUAUACCACCCCAUCUAAAAGAGGAUGACAUCUCAUUUUGCUCGCUAUGUGAUUUUGAGGUGAAAAGGCACAGCAAGCACUGUAGAACCUGCAACCGCUGUGUUGAAGGGUUUGAUCACCAUUGCAGGUGGUUAAACAACUGUGUUGGGAAAAGGAAUUACACGACAUUCAUUCUUCUAAUGAUUUCCGUCUUGUCAAUGCUAAUCAUUGAAGGAGGAACUGCCAUUGCAAUAUUCGUUAGGUGCUUUGCAGAUAAGGAAGGAAUUGAGAGGGAGCUGGUGAAGAAGCUUUACACUCGGUUCCCAAGAGGGGUUCUUGCCACAAUAUCGGUACUUCUGUUUCUCAUGACAGCUUAUGGUUCAGCUGCCCUAGGACAACUUUUCUUCUUUCACCUGGUUCUCAUUCGGAAGGGAAUGAGAACCUAUGACUACAUCUUGGCGAUGAAGGAGGAAAACCAAUCGAUGGAACUGGAUACUUUUAAUGAUUCUGAUUUCUCGUCUGAUGAAAGCACUGACUUUGAUUCCCCCGAAAAGCCAUCAUUUGUGUCACGGUUUAUAUGUCGAGGAGACAAGGGAAAUCAGAACCCGCCAAGGUUGUCCAUAAGGAUUGAUAGACAUCCUGAGCCACCCACAACGUCCAAGAAACAAGGCUUCCAUGUAAGCAUUGAUCCAUGGAAACUGAUAAAGUUGAGCAGGGAAAAAGCUCUGAUGGCAGCCGAGAAGGCCAGACAAAGGCUGAAGAAGAAGCCAUUGGCAGAACAUGAUCCGUUAAAGCCACUGCCUCUUGAGACUAAAUCCGGACCGCUGAUGAACACGGAUAGGAUUGUGUCCAAUGCUGGAACAGGCUUAACACCUCUCAUUUUGAAAGGAAGGCAUCCAGGCUCACCCGGAAGCUUUUCAAGCCCUAGAAGGCGGUUUUCUGGAUCUCCAACCAUGUUCUCUGGCGUUGUGGCAUCGCCAAAGCAUAAGUACAGAAGCAGUUUUGACUUGAAGUUAACGGAGGUGUCCAGGGAGCUUGAAAACUACAUUUCAAGGCAGGUUUUAUGCUCUGUAAUUAAGAAGGAUGGGAGUGAGGCAUCCCCAAGAUAGGCAUUGUGGUUGAAAAACUUGGGUUCUCAGCCUUUGAGGAAGAGUUGUUUGUGUGUUGUGUGUAUUCUUGAUGGACACCUUACUAGGAAAAUUCAGAGUAAUACAUUUUUUUUAUAAGUAAAAUUCAGAGUAAUACAUUAUGUCAGAUUUCAUACCCAUACACAUUUUAUCUGGAUUCUUUCAGUUUGAGAAAUCUGCCCUC